AUGGCUAGUUACAGGCCUGGUGGAGCAGGUCCAGAUGAAGCCUGGAAGAUGUUCCAGGGGCUGGAGCACUUCUCCUANGAGCUCUGGAGAAAGGGAAAAACAUACUGCUUGACUGAAGGGAAGGAACAGAAUUUCAGAGUUGAUCUUCCUUUCUGUUUUCUUCUAAGGUUUGCUGACAUAAAGGAGGGAGAGGUAGUAAGGCACGAUGGGAAGAGGUCUGAUGGUUACCUGGAGCACAUUUUUAAACAUGCUGCAAAGGAGCUUUUUGGCAUGGAUGUCAAGGAAAUCACCUACAAAGCAUUAAAGAACAAGGACUUCCAAGAAGUUACCCUUGAGAAGGAUGGGGAGACAGUGCUGCGCUUUGCAGCAGCUUAUGGCUUUAGAAAUAUCCAAAACAUGGUCCUGAAGUUGAAAAAAGGAAAGUUUUUGUACCAUUUUGUAGAAGUCCUUGCCUGCCCAGGAGGGUGCCUAAAUGGCAAAGGCCAGGCCCAGACUGAGGAUGGCAAGCCAGACAGAGCCCUGCUUGCCCAGAUGGAGGAGGUGUACGCUGCCAUUCCCGUCCGGCUGCCAGAAACCAACCUGCACGUACAGAAGGUGUACCAGGACUGGCUGGAGGGCAUGGACUCCAAGAAGGCCCAGGAGACUUUGCACACCACAUACAGUGCAGUGAAUCAAAGCACGAGCAGUUUGGACAUCAAGUGGUAACAGAUGACAGGGCAGAGCUGUGCUGAGCUCUGGGGUCACCACGGGGACCCUCUAUGCAACCACGGAGCACCAGCCAGGGUGAGUGAGGCACUGCCCAGCUGGGGACUGUUCCUGGGGAAGAACCACUGCUUUGCAAAACCACAGAAGUCUCCAAAAGCUCUGGUUCCUGCCACUGUCAUUUAACUUUUACUGUGUGUCGUUUCAUGGAUUUCUUCAUUCAAAAACGUGAUCUCGCAAGGUCCAGAAGCCCUUUGGGAGUGUAAUUCCUGAAGAAGUUACUCCCUGGAGUGAAGCAUUCCAUUCACUUCACAGCAUGGGCUCCUCCAAGAGGGUGAGAUGAUUUUACUCCUACUCCUAGGUGUGCAAUCCCUGUCAUCACAGGAGAACAGUCCACAGGAAUUUCAGUAUUGUUGCAGUUGGUGUGAAGUAACUUGGGAUUUACUUGUCUGGCUAAGGAAAAAGCCCUUUAAAAGGACAAGUGAGUAUAUGAAGAGAUGUAAUGAAUUUCUAUAUGCCUUGUAUCUGUAAUUCAGCAAAAAAAUACUCAGUUCCAAACUAGCCACCAUUCCUUCCUGAUGUAAUGUCACAGGAUGCUUCACAGAAACUGAACCUGGGAAGCUAAUGCUGACUGGUUCAUUUAAAAUAGCUCCAAAUAGGUUGGUUGGUUGGUAAAAAAAGAGAACUUACUUUAAGUUGUCUUCAAAGCUUGCAGCCAGGAGUGGUGGUGCUGCUUGGCUUCUCUCUGAGAGUGAAACAUGCCCAGAUUGUUCUUUCAUUUGUCUCCCAUGUUGACAGACUUCUGCAAAAAAUAACUUCCUGGGGUGCCUCUGAGAAAAAAGUCCUGAGCAAUGCUUGUGAACUCAUCAGAGUUAAGAUACAUCAGCAUCAUGAAUUUUGGUGCACUUAUUUUUCUAAGUAUGCUGUAGAGGUUUCAUUUAACAGACACUGUAAAGUGCUCUUGGCAUGCAAGCUUGUCUGCAGUGUCCUGAGUUGUCAGAGGGUUGUUCAAGAAUGGAUGGACAAAAGAAAAUUAAACUCCUGCCAGACUUCCUCAGAUUCUCCUGGUAACAUCCAAUCUGUUCACCAUUAAUGGCUGUUUGAAACUAGCAAAGUUCCACCUUUCCUUGUCCAGCCUGAAAGGGUGGAUGGGCUUUUUUAAUCAUUUCAUGCAGUUUGAAUUAAUCUUCUUGUACAUUCAAUAUUACAAGAGCAUGUGUGAGGAAGGUCUAAUCCUGCAAAAACCUGUGUGUGUUUGAAAUCCACAUUUCACCUGAACCCAGUGGAUGGGAUAAAGCAGCAGGGAAGGCAGUGCAAGUCCUGGCAUUGGCUGAAAAGGAGAGAGACACUCAAGUGUCACCCUGAUGACAAGAAAUAGUUCUCUUAAUGUGAAGCUGUUAAUAAUUGCAGCCUCCACCUAAACAAGAAACCAUUGCACUUGGAGGGAUGUUUUCUUUCAAGUGCAGAUGGAUUUGAUUAGUGCACUACCUGAAUGCACACCAUGAGAUUAUCCCCAUGAAUUAGCCCCAGUUGUCCCUUGUAAUAAAAACGUGGUACUUACGUGGUGCAAUAUCAGAACAUCACCAGAAAUCUACCUCUGUACAGGAAGGGAGGCCAGAAGUCGUGGGAAGACCUGUGUGUGUAGCUGGAACUGUGACAAAUGUCUGCUAGAGAAAGCUGGGGUGUUGCAUGACAUUUGGGAACAGAUUUCUUUUAGAAGCAACAUCCACCUCCUUCAGUCUGAUUUUCUUUAUCUGCCACGAUUUCCUCCAGAAACUCCAACGGAAUUAUCAUGUACUAAGGUGUCCUGUUCUGUUUGUAUAGGCCUGUUUCUCUGUAUAUAUGGUUUGUAGCUGGAUGCAUGUUUAAAUUAUAUGGCUUCUGCUCUUUGUA